AUGACAAAACUUAUCCAUAUUUCUUUAUUAAAACUCUCUUUCACACGAAUGUCUCUUCGUCGCGCCGCAAACAAUAACAACAACAUCAUCUUCAACAACAUCUCAACGAGGAGAGAAAGGAGACGAAUAGUUCGCGACUUUCUUUCGCCUUCGAUGAUGUUGUUCUCGUUCUCGUUCCUCCUUUCUCUGUUCUUUUUUUUCCCCUGGUGUUGGUUGUCAAAAAAUACGCGAGGAGAGAGCACGAGAUCGACCACGCUACGAGCAGACGGAAAUCAUCACGGAUUACUCGUCGCCGUGGUGACGACGACCAAAGACGCGAGCGGAAGACGAUUCGAGCAAUGGGUGCGUUAUCACGAGCAGGUAGGAAUCGGGCUUUUUUACGUGUUCGUGGACGAUAGGACAAAGAAGUACGAUGCUUUUUCCCAGAAAAAGGAGAAUGUGAAAUUGUUUAGCGAAUCUGAAAUGGAAAGUAUUCGAAGUAAAUUGCUUUGUAAUAAAGAGCAAUGGUUGGUGCCUUGGAUUCGUAAGCGAGGCUGUAACGCAGAGUUAUUCGUAAAGCAGUCCCAAAAUGUGGAGAUGGCAAUUGAGAUGGCGACAGAGGAUAACGUGGAUUGGAUAGCGCACAUCGAUACCGAUGAGUUGUUGUUUCCCGCUGGCGUAGCAAACCUAGAUAUUCGUGAACUUUUACGAGAAUAUCAACCGAGGGAUAUAGACGGGAUUGUGUUGCCAAAUUAUGAAGCGGUGCCAGAAACAAAAGGUGGAGUGCAAGAUCCGUUUGUCGACGCGACGCUUUUCAAAUGCAAUUACGCGCACGCCGAUAAGAAAACGUGGAAGAAACUCGGCGGUGUAGUCGUUCGUAACAAAUCUCUCCCGAACUUCUUUCUGGCUUAUGCGAACGGAAAAUCAAUCGCGCGAGUCGCUCGAAAUAGAUUACGCUCAAACGGUGCGCACAGGUUCAAAUUUCGGCCAAUAUCAAAAUCUCCCUCUUCGCGACAGCGCUUCAACGAAGUCACGCACUCGGAAGCGAAAAUCUUACACUACCCGUACAUGAACCUCGACGAAUCGAUCAAACGAUUGCGCAACUGCUGCCCACGCGACGUGACUUCAUCUCUCGACGCUGAAAAAAUAAACCAAACCUUCCUCCUCGACUUUGAUCGGCAGGCCUUUGUCGCUUUGGUCUUAAACGGGGAAGGCGAAGACGAAGAAAGCGAAAGACUGGAAGGAAGAAGAAGAAGAGCAGAAGCCUGGUACAACGAGCGAAUCGUCUUCGAGGACGUCAACGAGACCGCCGCACUCGUCCACUCCGGCGUCUUCGAUCGAAUAUACGCGCCCAGUCUUCUCUUAAAAAAACUUUCGCAAAAGUAG